GAGCAGAUGUUAGGCCAAGGCGUUACGUUGGGCAAAGCGUUGGGGGGGUUGUGGGUUUCAUCUAUGGGACUUAACAGAAGCAAGUCCAUGUCAGGUGAAUUUCCAAAUAAAGUUCCCAGCAGCACUUCCAAGGCUAAGGAAAAACAGCAGGGACUUGUCUCCCAGGAUCCUACCCAUAGCUCUUCAACCACCCCCGACUGUUCUGUUUUCAAAAAGACAAGAAAAUCUUUACGAAGUAUAGUUGAAGACCAACCAGGAAAAAGCACAGAGUUCCUUCCCACAGGUUCAAAGGAAAAGAGGAAAAAGCAGCUCAUUCCUAAAAUCAUCAUCACUCCAGCUUCAAGUGAUGAGAAUUCCUCUUCAGAGUUAGAAGAAAAGGAGCAAAAAACCAUCAGGGAUCAAACUGAUUACGGUCCCUACUACCGACACAGGAAUCCCAGCACAAUAGAGGCCUAUCAAGUUGAUCCCCGUGACAAAUGAAUUCCAGCGACAGCAGCUGCAGGCGGGAGGGAGUGAGGCACCUCCAUUUUAUCGUGACAAGUACCAAAAGACUGAAAUCUGAAGUGACCUCAGAGACGAAGAGCCGGCACCCCAUUAGAAGCUGCAAACUUGCACCUUUUAAAAUAAACUAGGCUCAGUCCCAAUGAA